CUCACUCCAUCAAGAGUCAGAAAGAUACAAGCUAUCUUACCCGGUUGACUUAACACACAUACAGUACCAAUCUCUUGUUUCUAUAACAAAAAUGAGUAUGUUCAUUUUAGUUCUGUGCGCUGUUCUGUCUUUGUCAGCUGGGCAGAGUAUUUUAUUCAAGGAAGGAACUCAAGGCCCGUUUGUAAUGACAACUACCGUGACAACGACCUUUGACUUCAAUGCUGCCGGAGUGCCUAGGGCUCGUUCUUCCGCCUGUGAUAGGACCAACUACGACGUCGAUAAGAAAUACGGAAGCUUGAGUCAAAUGGACAUCGAUAUCAUCGCCAACAGUUGGAACAUUCUGAAGAAACGUGGCAACUUUGCUCCCAAAGUGUUUAUUAGAUAUUUCAAAGCCAAACCAGAGUCCCAGAAACUGUUUCCAGCCAUCGCCAACGUUUCCAUUACGGAUCUACCCACCAAUCACGAUUUCCUGAAUUCGGCCUUUACCUGCGUCAACAGUCUCAAUUACCUCAUUCCUUAUUUGAAGAACGAUCACCCCGAAAGAUGCCCUUCUUUCCCCAAACAAAUUAAAGACAAUUACAAUGAGGUUGACGUCAAGAAACUGGGAUCUAUCUGGAUGAUGGCCAUGCAAGAAGAGAUGGGCAGCGAUUUCACCAACGACGUGCGCGACGCCUGGAAGAAAGCCGUCAUGGCCGUCAUCGAAUAUGUCUCCAAAUAAUGUUCUGAUGUCAUUCCGACUGAAUUCCACUUGAGUGGAGAUGUCUUGACAAGUAAUUUGUUGACUUAUUAUUGCUGUACUGCUGUAGUUUCAGUGGACAACUAGAAAAUAGUAUGUCAUCAAUAAAAAGAAAAGAAAAACUAA